CAGAGCCGCCGCCAUUUAUACACCACCGCCAUUUUGCAUCAACCCAAUAUACAGGUUAGAUUACAAAGAUCAAGGCCGAAAUGGAAAAUCAACUGUGCAAGCUCUUUGUCGGCGGACUUAACGUCCAGACGACCGACGAUGGGCUACGCCAACAUUUCGAGCAGUACGGGAAGCUCACGGAUUGCGUGGUGGUGCAGAACCAGCAGCUGAAGCGCUCGCGUUGUUUCGGUUUCGUGACCUACUCGAUUCCUGAGGAGGCGGACGCGGCCAUGUCGGCCCGUCCUCACGUUUUGGAUGGGAACAACGUCGAGCUGAAGAGAGCCGUGGCACGGGAAGAUGCAGGCAAGCCCGAAGCCCUAGCUAAGGUGAAGAAGAUAUUUAUCGGCGGUCUGAAAGACGACAUCGAGGAAGAUCACCUCCGCGACUGCUUCUGCCAGUUCGGUGCGGUGGAGAAAGCUGAGGUCAUCACAGACAAAGAGACCGGCAAAAAGAGGGGCUUCGGCUUCGUGUAUUUCGAGGAUAACGAUUCGGCCGACAAAGCCGUGGUCCUGAAGUAUCACGUGAUUAAUGGACAUAAAGUGGAGGUGAAGAAGGCCUUGACCAAGCAGGAGAUGCAGGCCGCCGGUAGUCGUGGCGGCCGUGGGGGCCGCGGUGGUGGGCGGGGGAUGGGGAGGCCACAGAACGGCUACGGCGGGCGAGGCGGCGGAUACGGCAACUACGGAGGCGGCUACGGGGGGAAUGACGGCUACAGCGGAGGCUAUGGAGGCGGAUACGGUGGCGGGUAUGGGGGAGGCUACGGGGACCAAAUGGAGGGCUACGGUGGUGGUAACGGCUACAAUGACUUUGGCAGCGGCUAUGGCCAGCAGUCCUCUGGCUAUGGCCCAAUGAAAGAGCAGACGCAUCUCACUUCUUGGGGUGUUUGCUUGAUGAGCCUCUGCUGUAGCUGACAAUCCAAACUGUUGCUCUGACAACUGAAGAGAGAACUCUUAUCAGUGAUUCUGUCAAGUUUGCAUAUGGAACGCAUAUGCUAGCUUCCUGG